GUGGUGUCGGCAGCGCGGGCGGGCUGAGGGGGGAGCGCGGCGCCCCCGCCGGCCGCGCCGGGAGGAAUUGUUGCGGCCAGCCUUCGUUUCGCCCGCCCGCUUCCUGUGGCAGUGGAGAGCGGGGCUGCCCUCCCCCGUCAGCCGCGGCGGGCGGAGCGGCCGGAGCAGCAUGAGCGGCGGCGGCGGCCGGAGCACAGUGGAGCCGGCACGGUGGGCGACGCGGCUGUUGGCGGUCCUGGGCUCUAUCCUGGCCGCGGAAGCCCAGCUCACAGGUGUCCUGGAUGAUUGUUUGUGUGACAUAGAAAGCAUUGAUGACUUCAAUACUUUCAAGAUCUUCCCCAAAAUACAGAAACUACAAGAACGUGAUUACUUCAGAUAUUACAAGGUGAAUCUAAAGAGACCAUGCCCAUUCUGGGCUGAUGAUGGCCAUUGUUCUAUCAAAGACUGUCAUGUAGAGCCUUGUCCUGAGAGCAAAAUACCUGUUGGAAUUAAAGCUGGGAGCUCUAAUAAAUAUUCAAAAGCUGCAAAUAAUUCCAAAGAAUUGGAAGACUGUGAGCAAGCUAACAAACUGGGAGCAGUCAACAGUACCUUAAGUAACCAAAGUAAGGAGGCUUUCAUUGACUGGGCAAGAUACGAUGAUUCACAGGAUCAUUUUUGUGAACUCGAUGAUGAGAGAUCUCCAGAUGCGCAGUACGUGGAUUUGCUGCUGAAUCCAGAGCGUUACACAGGAUACAAAGGGCCCUCUGCUUGGAGAGUGUGGAACAGCAUCUAUGAAGAAAACUGUUUCAAGCCUCGAUCUGUCUAUCGUCCUUUAAAUCCACUGGCACCUAGUAGGGGAGGAGAUGAUGGAGAAUCUUUCUACACAUGGCUAGAAGGUCUUUGCCUUGAGAAAAGGGUGUUUUAUAAACUUAUUUCUGGACUACAUGCUAGCAUUAAUUUACACCUGUGUGCCAAUUAUCUUCUUGAAGAAACCUGGGGGAAACCUCGCUGGGGACCAAAUGUGAAAGAGUUCACUCGUCGUUUUGAUCCCAUUGAAACGAAGGGAGAAGGACCAAGAAGGCUGAAAAACUUGUAUUUCCUUUAUUUGAUAGAGCUGCGGGCUUUGUCAAAGGUUGCACCGUACUUUGAGCGUUCCGUUGUGGACCUUUACACUGGAAAUGGCCAUGAGGAUGCUGAAUCUAAAGCUCUCUUACUAGAAAUCUUCAGGGAUACAAAGUCCUUCCAUAUGCACUUUGAUGAGAAGUCCAUGUUUGCUGGAGAUAAAAAAGGAGCCAAGUCAUUGAAGGAAGAAUUCAGAUUGCAUUUCAAAAACAUAUCCCGCAUAAUGGAUUGUGUUGGAUGUGAUAAAUGCAGACUGUGGGGCAAACUGCAGACGCAAGGCUUAGGAACUGCUCUGAAGAUUUUAUUUUCUGAGAAAGAAAUACAGAACCUUCCUGAGAAUAGCCCAUCAAAAGGUUUUCAACUAACACGUCAAGAAAUAGUUGCUCUAGUAAAUGCCUUUGGAAGGCUUUCCACAAGUAUAAAAGAGCUGCAGAAUUUUAAAGUUUUACUACAGCAAACAAGGUAAUGAAGGCCUUUGUGCAACCUCUUAGUGAAGACCAUUUACGUGACUGCAUUGAGCAGAAGGAACUGAUCCUUACAGGACUCUCAUGAACUGAUUAAAAAGGAAAAUCAAAUACCAACUUGAAUAUUUAUGUUUAAACUACGAAUGGUUAUUAAUUAGAAGAGAUAUUUAUGAAUGAAGUAUAUAGUUUUUAAAUGUGUAAAUUAUGCUGAUCUGUUUUAUCUUAAGUUCUCUGCUCACAGUUCUAUCAUACUGAUACAACAUAAGUUUUCUUCAUCUUCUUGUCUUUCUGAGAAAGUUGUUUUAUAUGAAAACAUAUGUACCUCAAUCCUGACUUGGCUUGUCCUGCAAGAGAUGGUUCACCCCUCACCUCACCCAAGUGCUGAGCAUCAGUAUGUUCUGAGGACUGGGUAUGCCAAUUCUAGCUAUCUAGAAGUAAACCAGAAAAAGAAAUAAGGCUCUUGCUGAGCCCUGUUUUCUUACAGUAAUAUGAAACUUAAUUUUACCAAGCAGAAAAUUUUACUUUGUACCAAUUCCUUUACAUCAUGCUGAUAUCAAAGUUUUGUUUUGUUUUGUUUUCCCUUACAUGCUGCUUUUCAGAAGUUCUUACUUCCUUUAAAAUAACCACCUUCUCUCUUACACAGUACAGUUGUGACUCUUCUGCAGCCCUUUGGCAGACUGCGUUUGCUUCCGGGAUCAGGGCUAGGGAAUGGGGAGAAGAGAGUUAGUGGAGCAUUGCUAGCUGGGAAGUUUUUUCAAUCAAAUUUGUGUCUAGCCCAUUUUAUUUUCUGGUUUGUUCCAGUUCAGUUUCCAAGGUUGUCCUUUUUAAUGUGUUAGAUACUGAAGCAGCACAUUUUGCUCUCUGAGCACGGAUAAUGGAUUUGCUUGUAAUGGGUUAUAUUUUAAUGAUGUUAGGAGAUCAAAAAGGAGGAACUUGUUUUUUAUAGUCACUUUAAGAAAAAAAAUGCUUUUUAGAAUUCGUAAUCACACUGGCAUUAAUACUGCAUACUGUACCUAUGCAAUCCCUAACUGUACCUUCUUUAAAGGAUAUUCAGCAUAAUAAAACGGGUAUGUUAAUAAUGUGAGUUUCAUAAAAUGAGAAAUUACUUGUGUAUCAUUGUCCACAAAUGUCAAUGGCAAUUUAUCAUUGUCCAAAACAGAACUCAGAACAGCACUACUGACGAUUAGCAACUAAACGUUUAAAUUUAAAAUGAAUUUUUUAAAACAGUUGUGCUAAAGAAUGAAGUUAGGAAUUCUGAAUGUAGGAAGUGCUGGUAUUGUGUUGAUAAAUCU